CGAAGGGAGGGUUCCCGUUGAGCCGUGGUGAGUGCCGGGCGGGCGGCGGGGCCGAGGCUGAUGCAACGUUCCCAGAGCGAUAUCGUUGGGAUGUUUCACCCGGGUGAAAGGUAGAAGAGCCACGAGCAGUUAGGACAACGUUGAAAUCCCCAUUGGCCAUUUGGAGGCUGCAGCUCCUGCAGAAGGAUGGACACCCUGAGGAACCGGACAGUGGAGGAGCUCAGGGAGCUGCAGGAAGAUGCAGAGGAGAUCGAGCGUCUGGCCCUGGAGUCCCAGGAGGUUCAGGAGCUGCAGCUGGAAAGGGAGAUGGCCCUUGCUGCCAACCGCAGCUUGGCCGAGCAGAACCUGAAAUUCCAGGCACCACUGGAGACGGGGCGCACCGACCUCUCUAACAGAUACGAAGAGCUGCAGAAGCUGGCUGAGCGGUGUAAAGAGCAAAAGGCAAAGCUGGAGAAAUUUUCAGCAGCAAUGCAUCCUCAGACCUUGCUGGAUCUCCUGCAGGUGGAAAGCCAGAAAAUUGAAGAGGAGUCUGAGGUGAAUUUAAAGUUUAAAUCUAUUAGCAAUUCAAGUGAUUAGUCCUCAAAGACUUGUAAUUGCACUGCCAAGCCUAAUUCCUUAAAUCAAGGAUUAUCUGUUUGUAGUUUGGCGUUCUUGCCCCAAAAAAUUGGAUUGCCCUUUGUUUGCUUGUGUGUGGUACAAUGGUGCUUUGCUUCUCUCUGAGAGACGUAAAUCCUAAACAUGGUUUGGGAAGAAGAGUAGAGGGAUGCACUGCUG